ACGAUCGACGUAAAAUUGACUAACGAUACAAGUUUGCGGAAAUGGCUAUGCAAUGCAUAUUAAUGAUUAUGAUUUUUCAAUUCGCAAUUAUGGGCUGUUGCGCUAUAAAUGGAUUAAUCUGGCUGAAACAAAAGCAGAAAUUUGUGCAAUUGUUUAGUAUUCCGCAAUUUGCCACUCUUCAGAAAGAAAAUUUAGCCAAACGUCAAGCACUAGAAAUACGCGAUAUGAGAAACGAAGUAGUGAGAGCUGUGUAUUAUGAGGAAAAAAAUAUGGUAAUGUUUUACGACAAUGACACAAAAGUUAAUGGUAUUUGCGGCGAUUUAUGGUAUCUUCUUGAGGAUUAUCUAAAUUUCACAUUUGUCCCGAUCAAAAUAAACAAUCAAGAUUUUGGCGAGAAGCUAGAGAACGGUAGCUAUACCGGCGUAGUUGGUAUGCUAACACGAAAUGAAGCGCAGGCAAUUAUGAGAACUGGAUUCUUUCUAAGUCGUAUGGAUGCCAUGGACUACACAACAGCUCUUUGGAAAUGCCAAUUUCAUAUUUAUGUUAAACCGGAAUGGCUAUUCGAUAAUACAUGGAUAUUAACGUUAUUUUCACCGAAAACAUGGUAUUUUAUAAUAUUAUUGCUGAUUAUUCUAAGUUUGGUCGGUUAUUUUCUGCAGAAAAUACCGAGGAAUUACAAACCUGAAAAAGAAGUCUCUGAAAAUUUUAGUCUAAGUGAUCAUUUUUUCUAUUCUUAUGCGAUGAUGUGCGGACAAGGUUAUAUACCUGAUGCUUUUCAUAAUAAAAAUAAAAUUUUGUCAUUGUCAAAGAGUUUAUUCGCAUGGCUGAUAUUAUUAGCUUUUAGUUCUCAUCUUAUAUAUCGUAUGACGAAUAGAGACCCAAGGUUGCCAUUUUAUGAUAUAGAUACUCUAUUUUCUAAUACAAACAAAACCCUGCUAGCAUUUCGUGGCUCUAUCAUCUAUUAUUAUCUUUACAGUAAAUAUGGAGAAAGAAGUGACAAAAAUCUACUUGACCGUGUUCAAUUCAUAGAUGUUGCGGAGGAUAUGCACAAUAAAAUGUGCAACAACAAGAAAAAAUAUGCAUUGUUCGAAAUUAGCGAUCGAUUUAACGCAUUGAAUAGAGACGACUGCCGCCUCGCAGCUGUAGGUGAUUACAAUGAGACAUAUAUAUCAUUUGGAGUUCAGAAGAAUUAUCCUUACAAGAAAACUAUAGAUUAUGCACUUAUCAAAUUUAUUGAAGUCGGACUGAUGGACGCUCUUUCAGAUCGUUGGUUGAAAACAAAAAUGGAAAAUACAGAACAAAAACAAACACAGUUCAAGAUGAUCGAUUUGCAUCAAGUCUACCUAAUUUUUAUGAUACUCUGUUGGGGAACGCUUAUAUCAUUUGGGGUACUCGUUUUGGAAAACAUAAUAUACUAUUACGAAAUAAAAAACACUCAGCAUAUUCAAUAA